AUGGUACUUAUGAGGAAUACAGCCAAGACAGAGGAGCAAAUUUUGGAAGACUUGACAAGGCUCCGCUCCGCUGGCGCAGAUUUGAAUCUUUGGGAUGACGGUGAUGAUACUGCUCUGCACACAGCUGUCUCGAUGGGAAGAUUAUCUGUAGUCCAAAAACUUCUACAACUCGGUGCUUCCCCAGCCAUUCGUGAUCGCCAGAAUUCCACAUGCCUCCACUUAGCUGCGCGAAUGUGCGCCCAUGAUAUGGUAAAAGCUUUACUGGAGGUUGAGGAGAUGAGAUUGGAUGUUGACGCUGUAGAUGACGAAAAUCGAACUGCUCUGAUGCUGGUUGCAAUGCAUGACAGAACGGACACGAAAAUUGCUGAGUUGUUACUUGCUGCUGGGGCUAGAGUCGAUUAUGAUGGCGACAAUGCAUUGAAUACAUGGACAGGAAGGACAGCUCUUCACUUCGCUGCCAAAUACGAUAAUACGAGAAUGGUUGCGUUUUUACUAGAACAUCGUGCCAAUAAGGAUUGUCAGGAUCAUGAGUGUUGCACACCUCUUCAUCUGGCUGCAUCCGAAGGACAUGAAGGACCAGUGAAG